AUGUCUAAAAAUAGCUCAGCUAACCAAAGAGUUGAUGUGUUAAGUUUUUGGUUUGUUUUUUUUUUUUAAAUUUUCUUUUUUUCCCCAGAUGGGCUUUCUGGCAGAGACCAGCCGGUAGAGCUGUUGAAUCCACCUAGAGUGAACCACAUGCCUAGCUCUGUUGAUGUGACCACAGCACUGCCCUUGCAAGUUGCACCGACUUCAGUCCCGAUGGAUCUGCGCUUGGAUCACCAGUUUUCCAUGCCCGUGACAGAGCCGACGCUGCGCGAACAGCAGCUCCAGCAGGAGCUGCUGGCCCUGAAGCAGAAACAGCAGAUCCAGAGACAGAUCCUCAUUGCUGAGUUCCAGCGGCAGCAUGAGCAGCUGUCCCGGCAGCAUGAGGCCCAGCUGCAUGAGCACAUCAAACAGCAGCAAGAGAUGCUGGCCAUGAAGCAUCAGCAGGAGCUGUUGGAGCACCAGAGGAAGUUGGAGCAGCACCGACAGGAGCAGGAGCUGGAGAAGCAGCACCGAGAGCAAAAACUUCAGCAGCUAAAAAACAAAGAGAAAGGAAAAGAGAGUGCAGUGGCAAGCACAGAAGUAAAGAUGAAAUUACAAGAAUUUGUCCUAAAUAAGAAGAAGGCAUUGGCACACCGGAAUCUCAACCACUGUAUAUCCAGUGAUCCUCGCUUCUGGUAUGGGAAGACACAGCACAGCUCUCUGGACCAGAGCUCCCCACCCCAAAGUGGCGUAUCCGGCACCUACAAUCACCCUGUACUGGGGAUGUAUGAUUCCAAAGAUGACUUCCCACUCAGAAAAACAGCAUCUGAACCCAAUCUGAAGUUACGAUCCAGACUAAAGCAAAAAGUUGCUGAAAGACGAAGCAGCCCCCUCUUGCGCAGAAAGGAUGGUCCAGUGGUUACUGCUCUUAAGAAGCGCCCGCUGGAUGUCACAGGUAUGUUGAACUCUGCAUGCAACAGUGCUCCUGGAUCUGGUCCCAGCUCUCCAAACAACAGCUCCAAUAACAUAAGCGCCGAGAAUGGAAUUGCAGGAUCAGUCACGAGUAUUCAAGCAGAGACCAGCCUGGCUCACAGACUUGUGAAUCGUGAAGGCUCAGUAACACAGCUUCCACUCUACACAUCUCCUUCUUUGCCCAACAUCACACUAGGACUGCCUGCAACUGGCCCUUCCAGCGGAGGAUCAGCACAGCAGGAUGCGGAGAGACUCACAAUCCCGACCUUACAGCAGCGGAUCUCUUUAUUUCCUGGCACCCACCUCACUCCCUACUUGAGCACUACAACGUUGGAAAGAGAUGGGGGAACUGCACAUAACCCUCUUCUGCAACACAUGGUCUUACUGGAACAGCCAACUGCACAAACUCCCUUAGUCACAGACUGGUAUCUUUCAGGACUGCCCCUCCACGCACAGUCUCUGGUUGGUGGAGAACGGGUCUCCCCUUCAAUACACAAACUCCGUCAGCAUCGCCCACUGGGGCGCACGCAGUCUGCUCCCCUUCCCCAGAACGCCCAGGCCCUCCAGCAGUUAGUGAUCCAGCAGCAGCACCAGCAGUUCUUGGAGAAACACAAGCAGCAAUUCCAGCAACAGCAACUGCACAUCAACAAGAUUAUAUCAAAACCCAAUGAACCAGCUCGCCAGCAUGAAAGCCACCCUGAGGAGACAGAAGAGGAGCUACGGGAACACCAAGCCCUUUUGGAGGAGCCAUAUAGCGACAGAGUCGCAAGCCAAAAGGAGGCCCCAGGGCUGGCCAACACGGUGCAAGUGAAGCAAGAACCCAUUGAGAGUGAUGAGGAGGAAGCAGAGCCACAGCAGGAGCUGGAGCCUGGGCAGAGGCAGGCUGAGCAGGAGCUGCUCUUCCGUCAGCAAGCCCUUCUGUUGGAGCAGCAACGCAUUCACCAGCUGAGAAACUACCAGGCGUCACUGGAGGCAGCUGGCAUGCCUGUCUCUUUUAGUGGGCAUCGGCCUCUGUCCCGUGCACAGUCCUCACCUGCCUCAGCCACCUUCCCGAUGUCCGUACAGGAGCCACCCACUAAGCCAAGGUUCACAACAGGCCUUGUGUAUGACACCUUGAUGCUGAAACACCAGUGUACCUGUGGAAACACAAACAGCCACCCAGAGCACGCGGGGAGGAUCCAGAGCAUUUGGUCCCGGCUCCAGGAGACAGGUCUUCGUGGCAAGUGUGAGUGUAUUCGUGGAAGAAAAGCAACUCUAGAAGAGCUGCAGACAGUUCACUCGGAAGCUCAUACGCUGCUGUACGGCACAAACCCUCUGAACAGACAGAAACUGGACAGCAAGAAACUUCUAGGUUCUUUAACAUCGAUGUUUGUCAGGCUUCCUUGCGGUGGUGUUGGGGUCGACAGUGACACAAUUUGGAAUGAAGUUCACUCGUCUGGUGCUGCUCGACUAGCCGUGGGCUGUGUCAUUGAACUCGUUUUCAAAGUAGCCACGGGAGAACUGAAGAAUGGAUUUGCUGUUGUUCGGCCUCCGGGUCACCACGCAGAAGAGAGCACACCCAUGGGUUUCUGCUAUUUUAACUCCGUGGCAAUCGCAGCCAAGCUGCUCCAGCAAAGGCUGAAUGUUAGCAAAAUCCUUAUAGUGGACUGGGAUGUUCACCACGGGAAUGGUACUCAGCAAGCUUUCUACAAUGAUCCUAAUGUUCUUUAUAUUUCACUACAUCGCUAUGAUGAUGGGAACUUCUUUCCAGGCAGUGGUGCUCCCGAUGAGGUUGGCACAGGAGCAGGAGUUGGUUUCAAUGUUAACAUGGCCUUUACUGGUGGCCUUGAUCCACCGAUGGGAGACACAGAAUACUUAACUGCUUUCAGAACGGUAGUAAUGCCCAUUGCCAAUGAAUUUGCCCCAGAUGUUGUGCUGGUGUCAUCUGGUUUUGAUGCAGUGGAAGGCCAUCCCACACCUCUUGGAGGAUAUAAUCUAUCAGCGAAAUGCUUCGGGUACCUGACGAAGCAGCUGAUGGGCCUGGCCGGAGGUCGCGUCGUCCUGGCUCUUGAAGGAGGCCACGACCUGACCGCUAUUUGCGAUGCCUCGGAAGCGUGUGUUUCUGCUUUGCUGGGAAACGAGCUUGACCCUCUUCCAGAAAAGGUUUUCCAGCAGAGAGCAAAUGCUAAUGCGGUGCAUUCAAUGGAGAAAGUAAUCGAGAUACACAGCAAGUAUUGGCAUUCACUCCAGCGUUACGCCUCCACGGUGGGGUACUCCCUGGUUGAGGCACAGAAGUGUGACAAUGAGGAGGCAGAGACAGUAACAGCCAUGGCAUCCCUGUCAGUGGGCGUGAAGCCAGCUGAGAAGAGACCCGAUGAUGAACCCAUGGAAGAGGAACCUCCCCUGUAGCAUUCACCUUUGAGCUGGAGUUCUCCUGUUUGUUCGUCUUCGUCUUGAAGCUCUGCCAAGAAGCUUUCUCUUGUUACUCCUGUGUCCUGUCAUGGUUUUUUCCAGAAUACAGAAGGACAACCAGGUGUAAAACAAAGCAACCGAAAAAAUCUCUCCAUAUCUAUAUGCGUCUACAGUAUAUAUUUGCUGAAAAAGAAAAAUGCAGGUGAAGAGCAGUAAAGGACUGACAUGUUGGGCACUCUUCCUCUGGUCCUCACUGGGAGCAGAAAGGGGAACGAUGCCCGUGAAGUCUUUGGCAGAGUUGCCAAA